CGACUGAAAAAUUUUGUUGCGGAAAAACCCGUGUGAACUUACGUAAGUCUAAUUCCUCAAGCAACCUCAAGCCCACCUGCCCCUAUGUCUGAUUGUCAACCUUUUCCAACUGUUUUGAACUGCUUAUCUAGGAAGCAAGAGUCUAGAUGGAGAACAGGGGAAUCAUUCUAUGUGAAAGAUGUCAACAUCACAUAGACACUCAGUUCCACCCAAUCGACCCCAUACUCCUUCAUUCCAGUCACGUACCCUCGCAGGAACAAGUCACCAAGACUUCGGACCUUUUGGAGCAGGAGUCGCAACUACUGCACCAGUAUGAAAGUACCAUCAGACAUCAACGGCACACUUUGGAAAGGCUGGAAGUUGCAAAAAGUCGGUUGGAAGCCAUCAUUCUCAAGCGUCGCUCUACUAUCUCCAUCCACCGCCGGGUACCCGUAGAGGUCUGGAGGACCAUAUUUUUAUUGGCGUGUUCUAAGGAUGGCUAUUUUCUUACAAUCGAUCCCCCCAAUCGUCAGGCGAGACAUCGAACUGCACUCCUUCAAGUCUGCUCUCGCUGGAGGUCAAUCGUCAUAGGCUGUCCUGAAAUUUGGUCUGCAAUAAAUGUAAAUCUCCUUGGAGAGAGAUAUAUCUCCAUGGGUGACAGAAUGCUGGUUGAGACUUUCCUGGCAAACGGAGCAGCGUCUCCGUUGACUCUUCACGUGACGGUGAGAUCGGCGCAACACUGGGCGAAAAACAGUCUCGCCACUUGGGAAUUAUUGACGCGUCAUUUUCCACGAUGCGAGUGGUUAUCGUUGAAACUCGAUGACUAUACUAUUCUUUCCCGUUAUCAAGGACCGCAUUUCACGUUCCACAGCCUAUCUUCCUUCUACUUUGAUGCCGCACUCAUACCAUCCAGUCAUCCAAUGGACUGGGAUAGUCCGUUCUGGCGGGCACUACGUCACGCUCCGAAGCUUACGAAGGUCUAUCUCCCAGAACCCAGAAAACUCCCCCGCAAUUCACUGCCCUAUCUUCGACUUACUACGUUAGUCAUUGGCUUCACGGACGUUGAUGACGCAGCAGAGCUUCUCCAGGUCCUCGAGCUUUCCAGGAGCCUUCGUUCUUUUACAUUGUCGCAAGUUCAGGAUCUCGGUUCUGGGAACUUUGAUCACAUCAUUCGUCGUGUUGAAAUGCCCUCUUUACAGUCGCUUUCAUUCUGUGUCGAUGGUGCACUACCGAAAAUGGACAAUCCAAUACUCACAAUACUGUUUUCGUCGUUAACGAUGCCGGUUCUGUCAACCUUCAAGCUAGCAUGCGCAAGAGCAUUUCACAACCCAACGCAAUGGUAUCCACCGCUGCUCGCUAUGCUGCAACGCUCAUCCACGGCCCUACGACAUAUGUCACUUUUCAUUCACCCUGUCCACUGUCAGAAAGACGCUUGGGAACCUCUCUCCAUACUGUUAGAAACAACGCCUCACCUAUCGUACCUCGAGUUUGGGGGCAAGUGGAAGGCGAAUAUCUUGCUUUUUGAUGGCACCCCAUUACCCGAUAGUUUCAUCUCAGCAACAGUCGGUGACUUCAUUUAUACGCCUCAGAAUGCGGUCCUCCCAAACCUCAAACAGAUUUCGUUUGUUGGCAUCCGAUUGGACCCUGAAACAUUGGCCAAUGUAUUCGCUUUGGCGAGCUCAAGGAGUCCUAGCCGCCUUUCUAGUACUGUUGAUGAUGUUCGUGCGUUGACAGACCUUCGCGUUUUCUAUUACGCUCCGCAAGCAAACCCUGACUUGAAACCACAUACAGUGGAGGAGAUAAGGCGUCUGGGGCAGGAGGGAGUGAAGAUACUCCUUGCCACGGACAAAUGACACUAAGCUACAGAAACGUGAAAUGCUGACUUUUGAGAUGGUAGUGUCGGACAAACAUUCCAGUAACUCACAUGACCUCUCCAUGAACAUUUAUCUUUCCAUCUUUCCAUCGUUUUGUAAGAGGCUUGGAUUCUGGACGGAGACUCCUUGGAAUCCGCAGUUCGUUGGAGCACGGUACUGGUACUUUUGUAUUGAUAGAUUGGUAGACAAGUCCCCUUUGUUGGCG